AUGGCCCUCAGCACUGGGCUCGGCGAGCCCAAGAAUGCUCCCCCAGAGGCGCCCGAGGCCACAGCCACCACCACAGCCACCGCCAGCGGCGAAUGUGGCGACGACUUCAAACGGCCGCACGUAGACGUAGAGCAUCGACGAGACCGAUUCGCCUCCCAACACGCCGCUUGUCACCCCGCCAAGGCCAUGGUCACUUGCAUCCAGGACGACGCCGAGCUCAACGCAACUGGCACGUUCAAGGCGCCCGGCUCGUUCGAGGACGUCGGCUACACGCACACGCCGGACGCAAACUUGGGCGAACCGAUCGAGGACGGCUGUGACGGAUGGUAG